GGUGCUUUGAGUGCUGCAUCAAAUGCCUGGGAGGUAUUCCCUAUGCAUCUUUGAUUGCCACUAUCUUGCUGUAUGCUGGAGUUGCACUAUUCUGUGGUUGUGGACAUGAAGCACUUUCAGGAACUGUCAACAUUCUGCAAACCUACUUUGAGAUGACAAGAGCUGCAGGAGAUGUUAUUGAUGUCUUUACCAUGAUUGACAUCUUCAAGUACGUGAUAUAUGGUGUAGCAGCUGCAUUCUUUGUAUAUGGCAUUUUGCUGAUGGUGGAGGGAUUCUUUACAACUGGUGCCAUCAAGGAUCUCUAUGGGGAUUUCAAAAUCACCACUUGCGGCAGAUGUGUUAGUGCGUGGUUUAUUAUGCUGACAUACAUCUUUAUGUUGGCCUGGCUUGGAGUUACAGCUUUUACAUCUCUGCCUGUUUACAUGUACUUCAAUCUGUGGACCAUUUGCCGAAAUGCCACCAUAGUGGAUGGAGCUAAUCUCUGCUUGGAUCUUCGCCAGUAUGGUAUUGUAACUAUUGGAGAGGAAAAGAAGGUUUGCACCUCUUCAGAAAGUUUCAUCAAGAUGUGUGACUCUAAUGAGCUAAACAUGACAUUCCACUUGUUCAUUGUGGCACUUGCUGGAGCUGGAGCAGCAGUCAUUGCUAUGGUAAGCUAUCCAGCAUUCUGUACUCUCUUCAUCACCUGA